AUGAGCCAAACACUUCCACUUAACCAUUCAAAUGGUCCGAGAAAUAAUUCAGCCUACAUCAACAACAAUGAAGCUGACAAAAUUAUCGAGAUUUCCGACUCUGAUUCCGAUGAUUAUGAAGAUGCUUAUGACUCUCCUCGACUUCCCACACAUCUGCAACGUCCAGAACCACCAAAUCAUCCAUUGAUGGGGGGUUUUGGUGCCAAUAACCAAAUGAUUAAUCUCGUCGACGAUGGAAAUCUCGACCUACCGUAUGCCUCUCGGAUACCUCGACCGGCGGCCGCAGCUUUACCCAACCAAAAUUUAACAAACAACCUUCCUAAUGUCAAAAAUGAGGAACCGCAAAUGGCUUGGCCGGAGUGGUUGGAUGUUGAUUAUGAAGAAGAGGUGAAUCGUGCAAUGUGGGAAGACUAUACACUCCAAUCAAAUCCUGCUUACUCUUUUGGCCAAUCUUCUGAUUCCGACCAACAAACAGCAAAUAACCAACCUCAGCCUAAAAUGGAAACAAAGAUGGAAUGCGUCAAUGCAGUUGUUGCAGUUUUUCCAGAAAUAUGUAGAGAUCAUGUCGCAAGUCUUUAUGAAACUGUGACUCCAUCGUCUGAUCAAUUGAUCGCCCAUAUACUGGACAAAGCCGAUGCGGGAAGUCCUUAUCCAAAAUCAAAAGACACACAAAAGGUUUUGAAAAGAAAGAGAGUACUCAGUGAAGAAGAGGAAGCUAUCCAAAAGUAUGAAGCUGCCGGUCGCGUGAUUGGACCUGCUUUAUAUUUGGAGCGGACUUUGAUAAUCAAGAAUCUAAGAAGGAUGCCAGUUGAGUACCGAGAACAGAAUCUUGAGGAAGCCAUUUCAGAAAAUUUAUCACCUGAGAAGUCGGACAUUUUUAAAGAAUUACAAGCAUGUCGGAACAUCCGAAAGAGUGCAGAAAGUCGUCGCCUUGCGGAACGUGAAGCCCAACUUGCAGAAGAAGAAAAUGAGAGGAGAGCUAUAGCCGAAGGGACAAUGUCAGAAUGCGCAUGUUGUUACUGCGACUAUCCACUUAAUCGCAUGGUCCAUUGUAAUAGCGAAGACGUACUACAUUGGUUUUGCCGUGGUUGUGCACGACAAACAGCAGAAACCGAGAUUGGAAAUUCUAAAUAUGAACUCUCUUGUAUGUCCACGGAUGGAUGUGAAGCUGGAUUUUCUCUUGAGCAGAGGAACCAGUUCCUAGAUGAGUUAACUAUCACUGCCUUGGAACGUAAUGAAGCAGAAGCUGUCUUACGUAUGGCUGGUAUUGAAAAUCUCGCGAGUUGUCCAUUUUGUCCAUUCGCAGCAGAAUACCCUCCUGUUGAGAUCAAUCGAGAAUUUCGAUGCCAAGCUCCUGAUUGCGAAAAGGUCAGCUGUCGCCUUUGUAAAUUGGUGUCGCAUAUUCCUUUGACUUGCGCAGAGAAUGCCAAGGCAAAUGGUCUCUCAAUUCGACGUCAAAUUGAGGAAGCAAUGUCUGCAGCAAUGAUUAGGAAUUGUAAUAAAUGUGGUACCCCUUUUGUAAAGGAAGAAGGUUGCAACAAAAUGACUUGUACACGGAAUGGAUGUUAUAACGUUCAGUGUUAUGUGUGUUCCAAGUCAUGCAACUAUGAGCAUUUUAAUGAUAUAAGGAGAGGCGGUAAACAAGGAAAUUGUCCACUCUUCGAAUCUGUCGAGGAUCGACACAAUAAUGAGGUCAGGCAGGCCGAAAAGGAAGCACUUGAGAAAGUUCGUGCGGAGCAUCCUGAAUAUACCGAGGAGGAUUUGAAGAUUAAGAUGUCGGAAAAUGUCACAAAGGACGAUGAAAAGAGAAAGGCUAUGGAUCCACGAAAUCUUAAUGCCAUCAUGUACAGACAAGCUAUUGGUCAUGAUGAUAACGGAGAGGGAAAUGCGGAUCAUCAUGUCGGGAUGCGUGAUCAGGAAUUCAGAGAUUUAUUUGAAUUUGCUUUUUUUGGUAGAGAUGCAGGGGGAGGUGGAGGUGGAAAUGGAAAUGGAAAUAGGGAUAGAGAUCAGCUUGAUGCUGAUAUCUGGCGUUUGAUGUUGCGUCAUGAGGAUCCGUAUGAUCGGGUGGUUUUUGAAGAUCCAUUGAAUGAAGGAGAGGAAGAGAGAGAAAGAGAGAGAGAGAUGGCCAUGAAGAGGAGAAGGAUGGAUGAGAGAAAGGGAGGGAGUUAUGGAGAGGGAAAAUGGGAGAUUGAGGAUAGGGGGAGGGGAAGUGGGGAUGAAGAUGAAGAUGAUUGGGGUAGAGAGAACUUGAAUAAGGGAUUUAGCGAAUGA